CGUGAAUGUACUCGACCGAACGAGGGCUGACAUUACUGUGAAGCGCCUUUGAUACGCUGUUAUUGGCCUUCGGUAGUCAGAGAGACACUGAUCAGCCCGCUCCGACUUGGCUUCCAGCCGCACACUCCAGCAACGUCUGUGCGUGCUCUAGAAGAGUACCCCCAAAAUACGCGACGUAGGUUGAAGAACCAGAAGAAACAGGACUUGAUGUACACCACUUCACGAAAGGAUGCCCACUGGCCCAACGAGGAGCAGGAGAUCAUUGACAAGGAGAUAAAGAUGGCCCUGGAACAGAUCGAAUCUUUACGCAACCGUGUGCGCUCGCUGCGCGAGCGUCGCAACUCCCUAGCCCCAGUGAACCGCCUCCCUCCUGAGGUGCUAACCUCCGUUUUCCAACUAUGUGUUCUCAACGCAACCCCCUCCCGCUGCGGUCAUGCCUUCGUCGCGGUAUCCCGACGUUGGCGCGAAGUUGCACUCGGCGCCGCCAUUCUCUGGACAUUGCUCCCGCGUUCCACGACAGAACUCACCGAAUUGUUUAUAUCACGGUCACAACACGCACCUCUCGAAAUUGACAUCGGCGAUUACACCACGGACUGGACGAACUCGGGCGCGAGCGCUCUUUCGGCUGUCAUGAACAGGGUCCAAACGCUGUCCUACAGCAUAUUUGAAGAAGACGUCAAACCUGACGUACACGCUCUAUCCCUCCCUACCCCACUCCUGAUCGACUGCUCGGUAAAAAAUUUUGUACGGUAUCCGUUGAAUCUGCCAGAGAACUUCUUGGGAUCAUUUGCCCCUCGCCUGCGUCGUCUCCGACUUUACCAAACAUCAUUCCAAUGGUCAAUGCUACACUACCCUUCACUCGUCAGUGGCCUUGUCGACCUUCAGGUCCACGUCGACGGGGAUUCUUUUCCGUUAGCAAACGAACUAACCACGGCUCUCCGCUUGAUGCCAUCCCUGCGCAGGCUGGUCAUUAUUAGCGUUCAGGAGUCAGGCGGGUUCCCAACGACGACAACGACAUCCGGAGAGGUCGCCGAGAUGAACAAUCUGGAGUUAUUCAAGCUUUACGGCCCUGCGCGCAACGUUUGCGAUAUUUUGGAUCACCUCAUCGUUCCUCCCCGCGCGACGUUGGUAUUGCGCCUGGAGGGAGAAGACGAGGAUUGGGACGUCGGUCCCCUUCUGCGAUUCCUGGAACGCCACUGCACGUAUCAGAGCGGAGGACCAGACAUUCGAGGAUUGAUGUACCGCCGGGUCACUUGGCUCCCUUGGGAUUUCGCGGCAUGCGCGAAGCCCAAUCCCAGUCACGAGAGCGUCCAGUCACUGCUCAUUUUAGGCUUGACCCAUCCCCGCUUGGACGCCUCGCACGUCCUCCAACACCUUCGCCUCGAUCGCCUCGAGACGGUCGAGGUCAAGAAGAAGACGAGAGCCUCCGACGUCGAUGCGGCUGGCAGCGUCGCGCGCUUUCUCGAGCAUUGCGGGCACGCGACCGAUCUGGAGAUUGGUGAGCUCGGCUUCUGCACGCAGGUCGUACCGCUGCUCGCGCCGUCGGCCGGUUCCGUUCUGGUUCCGCGGCUGCAGCGGUUAAUGCUGGACCUUGACAGUCACGAUCGGCCAGUCGAGCUCGUCGCAGCGCUUCGAGAGGUGUUGACCAAACGAUACGAGAGGCUCGGUGUGAUGCCAGAGCUCAUCUUCGUCAAUUUCUCCGGAUUCAAGGAUGCUAUCCCUCCCGCUGUUCUGGAGGAGCUCGGUCAAAUCACCACGAUCCGCGUGGUAGGUAGGUAGAUUAACGGCACCUCCCUGUACCCAUGCGGUAGCAAGCCUGAUCAGUACAUCAGAAUUGAAUCUAUCUAAGUC